AUGAUCCUUAAUCAGUCAUCUACGACGCCUAAUGAAACCAUCUUGAUCAUCGGUGCAUCUGGCUUUAUUGUUACACACAUGGUCGAAGCAUUUCUACGAGCCGGUUACUAUGUUUGCGGCACGGUCCGGUCCGAAGUAACGGCUGAUAAAGUCCCUUUUGCCAUUGUCCUAGACAUCGUUGGUGCGAAAGCCUUCGUUGAAGCCGUUCAAGGAAUCACCGGCCCUAUUCAUACUGCUACACCCUUCCUGAUAGAAGUCGAAGAUAGAGAUCGAGAGCUACUUCGGCUGGCCAUCGAAGGAACGAUCAACAUCCUGGGCUCUGCAACAAACGAAGAUACUCUCGACCUAGUAACUUACUGUGCAGGAAAGGCUAUGGCAGAGUGUGCGACGCGGGAUUUCACAGCCACAGAAGGUCCAUCCUUUGACCUGGUGAAUAUCUACCCACCAUGCGUCUAUGGGCCAAUCAAGAACGGCAUACUGAGCAAUUUCAUCCCACCCACUUCGGUAUGGAUAUGUGUGGAUAUACGUGAUGUCGCCGAAGCGCAUUUGAAGAUUUUUGAGGUCCCGCGGCCGGUAGACAGCGACUUUUGGUCUCGCAAGGCAGUCUCAGUUCCCAGCAGGUGGCCGAUAUUCUUCAAGAAGGGGGUGGCGGAAAUGAGGACCGUAUACCUAGUGCCUUAUGGAUGUCCUCCUCGAGGCACCUCACAUGCAGUGGAUGUCGUCGAAGCUAGUACCCUUUUGGGAUUAAUCAACAUGGCCAACCCUAAGGAGAUAAGUAGUUCUCGAGAAACUCCGAAGAAAAGCGAGCACGCAAUCUGA